AUGAUUGACCGAUCGAGACCGCGGAGCUGGGACGACUCGCGCUUACCAACCAGGCGAAACUCCAUGUCGACCAUAUACGACGUCCCGAGACCAAACGUAAAGCCGGACCCAAGGCCCUCGCCGGACAGCCAGCACCCCAUGGUGAGCAGCCCCUUUGCGCCGUCCCUCGAGGCGCAGGACGAGAAGCAGCAGCACAAACACGGCCGCCACCACAAUGGCCACCUGGACGCCUACGACACCGACCGGCCGCGGCUCGGGUUCAAGCAGCGCCUUCACCACUUCACCUGGGCGUGGUACACGCUGCCCAUGAGCACGGGUGGCCUGGCUCUCCUCAUGUUUGCGCAGCCACACCAGUUCCCCGGGCUCAAGUCGGCGGGCCUGGCCGUCUACAUUGCCAACAUUGUCGUCUUUGCCACCAUCACGUCCCUCAUGGCGGCCCGCUUCGUCCUGCACCCGGGCGACAUGCUCAGGUCCGUCACCCACCCCCGCGAGGGCUUCUUCCUGCCGACCUUCUUCCUGGCCGUGGCGACGCUCAUCAGCGGGACGGACCGGUACGCCGUGCCCAAGGACGACGUGGCGCUCGUGUGGGCCGUCUCGGGCGCCUUCUGGGUCUACGUCGGGCUGACGCUGGCGCUGGCCGUCGGGCAGUACAGCUACGUCUUCGCCGCCCACAGCUUCGGCCUGCAGACCAUGAUGCCGACGUGGAUCCUGCCCAUCUUCCCCAUCAUGCUGUCGGGCACCAUUGCGUCCGUCAUUGCCGAGACCCAGCCGCAGGCCGCCGCCAUCCCCAUCAUCGUGGCCGGCCUGACCAGCCAGGGCCUGGGCUUCGCCGUCGCCGUCCUCAUGUACGCCCACAUGGUGGGCCGCCUCAUGCAGUCCGGCCUGCCGGACCGGGAGCACCGCCCCGGCCUGUUCAUGUGCGUGGGGCCCCCGGCCUUUACGGCCCUGGCCCUCAUCGGCAUGGCCAACGGCCUGCCCAACACGGUGGACCUGGACAUGGACGGCAACGACCUGGACUCGGGCAUCAUCCGCACCAUGGCCACCAUCACCGCCAUCUUUCUGUGGUCCGUCAGCUUCUGGUGGUUCGGCAUCGCGGCCAUUGCCGUCCUCCAGUCGCCCCCCAAGCACUUCCACCUCGGCUGGUGGGCCAUGGUCUUCCCCAACACGGGCUUCAUCCUGGCCACAAUCUCCAUCGGUCGACAGCUGAGAAACGACGCCGUCUUGUGGAUGGGGUCUGGCCUGAGCAUCUGUCUGCUCGGCAUGUACCUGUUUGUUCUGGGCAACCACAUCAAGGCCGUCGUCAAGCAAGACAUAAUGUAUCCUGGGCGAGACGAAGACGUCGAGGAUCAUUAA